GGUGUAUGAGUGGGAGGGGGAGAAGAGACCCAUUGCGCCGGUUACGUUGGUUUGGUGUGCUGAGGCGAAGGGGGAGGAUGUGGAGAUGGUUGAUGCUGAUGAGAGUAGGAAGCAGAAGAAGGGGAAGAAGGGUUGGAGGAAGGUGUUUGUUCGGGUGCAUCCGUCUGCGCUUUUGCAGUUGUGGAAUUCCCUGCUGGGUGUUUCGAAGAAGCAAAAUCCUCCUGUUAUGGUCGAGGACUUGCGGUUUGAAGUUGGCAGUAUCGAGAUUACUGGUCCGGGGGCUACGGAGGCGUUGCUUGCGUCGUUCAAGCCGGUUGCUGUGGAUGGGAAGGAUGUCGCUGCGGACAGUCCGGAGGCUACAUGGACAUCUCUCUUGGGGGUAACGAACCCUGCAUCUCUGCCGCAGGAUGCCAUCCUUGGGUUCUCGGUCUCCGACCCUCGCCUCGAUUUCCCGCCCAAGACUUUGAAGCCAUCAUCGUCAGAGGAAGAGAUGCAACGGCUGGCUGUACUACUCUCGUCGUGGUCCCCGGAUAACACGCAGACGGCCCCUGCUCUCUUCGAUCGUCGCGCCCGGUUAGCUGCUGCACGCCAGUUGCCUAGCCAAAAGGCUAUCAAUCGGCGUCGAACCGAAGCUGGUCCUGGCGUACGCCCGCCCGCCAAAGACACUGACUCCAAGAUACCUGUGAUGGUACUGGCCAGUCGACCUACCCAUUCCAAGAGCAGCAGCGCACCUGGAACCUGGACUGUCCUCCUCCCAUGGAAGUGCGUGCUUCCGUUCUGGUACUCGCUGAUGUACUAUCCCCUCUCGAGCGGCGGAAACCCCAGAUUUGGCGGUCUGAAAGAGCAGCAGCAACUCUCAUUCGAAUCAGGAGAGCCUUGGUUCCCUGGUGACUUCCCAGGAACCCGCGCUGGGUGGGAAUGGGGUCUGCGCGAGAGAGAAGAAGCGAAGAGAGAGUGGGAGCGACGUCCCAAGGGGCGCAGAACCGAGUUCGAGAGCAUCGAUCUGAGAAACGGACAGAAGGGUGAAAUAGGACGUGGUUGGGCCUGCGACUGGGAAAGACUCAUUCAAGGAGCACCGGAGGCGAGCAAUACAACCGACAAGGAACAACCCUCAGAGACUGAAACCAAACCGGAUGAUACCACCAACCCCCAAGACAACGACGCCAUUGCCACCCUUCCACCACUGAGCAUCCACCAACUCCCAACAUCCGAAGCAACCCGCGCCCUAACCGACUCCUCAACCACCAUUAACACCUCAGCCCUAGCAACAGUCAAACUCACCCUCCUCAACCGCGGCACACCCACCCCCCGAGCCCGCAUCUACCGACUCCCAACUACCGAUCGCGAGCUCCGCCAAGACUGGCUCACGCUAUCAUCAAAGCAACCCUACGAUGGUCUCAGAGAUGAACUUCAGAAGAAACAAUCCCGAUCUACCGCCAACCUCGGCCCUGAAGAUGUCCAGCAACAGCUUGCUGCGUCGCUUAUCACUCCGUCUGCGGGUGACGAUGUUCGUCAGAAGCAUUUGCCGGUUCCGACGGAGGAGGAUCUUAUUGGCUUUGUUACGACGGGCAAUUAUAACCUUGCUGAGGGAAAGGGUACGGGAAUUGGGUCUGUCUUGUUGUCGAAGGUGCAGAAGGGGAAGGCGAGUGGGAAGAAUAUGUGUAUUAUAAGGAGUGCGGGGGAGACGGUGGCGAGGGUCGGGUUUUGGGAGUUGGUUUGAUGUGUAUGUGUAUGGAUGGAUUGUGUGGCUUUGUUGCGUGAUACCCUGUGUGUCUUUGAUUGAUUGUUUGGGGAGGAGGGGGUUUAGAACUGAACAUGGAAUUAUG